GUAUGCUGUAUGUUCUGUAAUGUCACACUAGUGAAAAUAUAGCUCGUAUGUAAUUUCACAUGAAGAUUCGUCGGAUCGUUGAGCUAUUUUCAAUUAUGAUCAUCUGCAAUGAUUGCAGUUACACUCUCGUAUGAUAAAGAGAUUACAUUUGACGUAUAAAAAGAUGGUGACUGACCGAUAGCGAGAUUUGAUAACGCAAAUCUUGAAUAUUUCCAUUUGUCCUUGUCGCGAUAAGAUCAUCAAUCCAGAGUAAUGAACAGCAGAUCAGCGCUCAAGAUAUUGUGAGCGGUCGGAGACACCAAUUUAGAUAUCACAAAGGAGUAAGAAUAUUAUGAAUUCUUUAAAAUAAUCACCUUGAAUUGCAAUAAAUUUUUUACAAUGUCUCAUUGCGAGGAAGAUACAGCAUCUCCUGGUUUUCACCAAUUGAGUAUUACAAUUGAAGCAGCAAUAUUGAGAAGUUCAACUUUUUUAAAGCCUAAUCCAUACAUAGAAUUUUCAGUCGAUGAUAAAAGCCCUCGCAAAACAGAAGUAUCAAAGUCUACAUAUCAACCAAAAUGGAACGAAGAAUUUACUAUACUUGUUACACCAUAUUCUCAGUUGCACUUUCGAUUACUUGACCAUAGUACAUUUCGCAAAGAUACUUUAAUAGGAGAAAAACGAAUAAACUUGUUCCAAGUGUUAUCGCAUUAUAAUGGAAAACUAGAAAAUUUAGAAUUAACAUUUGACUUAAUGAGUGAGAGCAAGCAUGAUUCUCAACUAUGCAAAGUUGGUGAAUUGAUAACGGUAUUUGAUGGACUUAGAAUUGAUACCACUAAUGAGAUGCCAGUAAAUGUUAUUGAACCAUCUUGCCAAAUACAAUCUGAUGGUGCCACAAAUGAUACAAUCAAUAAUCGAAGCAUUCUCAAUGGUGGAGUCCGUGCGCGCAUGAGAUUACAUAGCUCAGAGAAUCUUGCACCAUCUAUAUAUCGUGGUUUGGCAAACAUUCAUCUUAGUCCCAAUUAUAGUGGAGGAAACAGUCAAGCAAACAGCAACAAAAACAUUGGAUUGUCUACUACAAUCUCGAAUACAGAUAGUACAUCAAGUGGCAACGUCGGUAGUAGCGCUAAUACUAACAGCGUUUCUACAAGUAUUUUAGUGAACGGGCACGCGAUUCCAAUGACAGAUAAAUCUAUGGUGUCAUCAGGAAAUCGGCAUGCCACAGAUGUACGAACUUUCGCAGGUAGAUCGAUUAAAGAGCUAUCGUUGGCUUCAGCCAAUUUAUCAGAGAGUCGAGCAUGGAGCAAUAACAGCAAUGUAGAUCAAUCUACACUGGUCAAGUCGGAUUCACGUGGUCCGCCGCGAUCAGAACAAUCUUCCUCGACGAUAUCCGGGCAACAGAUUUGCGCGGAUGUCCGUAUAAUUCCGCGACAAGAUCAAUCUAUGCUUCCUAAUACGGAUAAUUCCAGUGCUUCUCAAACAGAUGUGAAAGCAUCGUCGCAUGUGGAUACAUGUGGCAGUGCUAGUGCCCUACGAUUAGAACAAUCGAUUGUCACAGAUGGCCGUGUAAUGGCACGUUUGGAACAAUUGGUGAAUAAUAUUCCUUUGGAUCCAGACGAUUUGUUGUGUCAGAGACAAUCGGAUCAACCGGCAAAUAUUCGACGAACGAGUAUGACAAAUGAGGAUCAACGCGGAAUGAGACAACAAUCAGAACAAUCUACAAACAUUCGUGUGGCCGAGGAUUUACGAGGAAUAAGGCAAUCCGAGCAAUCCACGAAUGUUCGUGAGGAUUUACGUGCGACAAGACAACAAUCGGAACAAUCCACAAAUGUUCGCCCGCAAGAGGAGUUGCGAACUCCGCGGGUAGAACAAUCAAUAAGUACAGCACCUCAUCUAGAUCUAUGUGGAGUUUCACGUAGCCAGCAAAAUGCAAGUGUUCCACUGACAGAUAAUCGUGCUGUAAUUUUUCGAUCAGAACAAUCGGCAGUGAUUCCUCUCUCUGAUGGACGAACAAUUCCUAUUGUGGAACAUAUAUCUCCUGUUGCGCUACCAGAUUCUCGUUCCAAUGUGCCGCGAAUUCCACAGACCACAGCUUCAAGUCAAUCUAUUGCUGCAUCUGUGCCUGGACAAUCUGUGACACAACCAGGAUCUUCCAUAGUGCUUACUGAAGAUAUCAAUCAUUCCGAAGAACCUUUGCCGCCUGGUUGGGAAAUGAGAUAUGAUUUAUAUGGAAGAAGAUAUUAUGUCGAUCAUAAUACUCGAAGCACGUCUUGGGAGAGACCACAACCUUUGCCUCAUGGAUGGGAAGUUCGUCGAGAUCCAAGAGGUAGAAUUUAUUACGUGGAUCAUAAUACAAGAAGUACCACAUGGCAAAGGCCAAAUACAGAAAGAUUACAACAUUUCCAACAUUGGCAAGGUGAAAGGCAAUAUGUCGUACAACAAGGCAAUCAAAGAUUUCUUUAUCCUCAGGCUCAUAAUAGUCAAGCUUCUGUUGGUCCAUCGACAUCCAUGGUAGAUGAUGAUGAUGCUCUGGGACCAUUACCGGCAGGUUGGGAAAAACGGAAACAACCAGAAGGAAGAGUUUAUUAUGUAAAUCAUAAGAACCGUACUACGCAAUGGGAGGAUCCUCGAACUCAAGGUCAAGAGACCGGAAUGGAUGAGCCACCGUUGCCAGAUGGCUGGGAAAUACGAUUGACGGAAGAUGGAGUUCGCUAUUUUGUGGAUCACAACACUCGAACAACGACAUUUCAGGAUCCAAGACCAGGUGCACCCAAAGGUCCAAAAGGUGUAUAUCGCGUCCCGAGGGCAUACGAAAGGUCAUUCCGAUGGAAAUUGUCUCAAUUUCGAUUUUUGUGCCAGACUAAUGCGCUGCCUAAUCAUAUUAAGAUUAGCGUUAGUCGACAAACAUUAUUUGAAGAUUCUUAUCAUCAAAUAAUGAAUGCGGAAGCCUUUGCACUAAGACGACGAUUAUAUAUAAUAUUUAAAGGAGAGGAGGGAUUAGAUUAUGGAGGUGUAUCUAGGGAAUGGUUUUUCUUAUUAAGCCAUGAAGUUUUAAAUCCGAUGUAUUGCCUAUUUGAGUAUGCCAAUAAAAGUAAUUACAGUUUACAAAUAAAUCCAGCAUCAUAUGUUAAUCCUGAUCAUUUACAGUAUUUCAAGUUUAUAGGAAGAUUUAUUGCAAUGGCUCUUUAUCAUGGCCGAUUUAUAUAUAGUGGAUUUACAAUGCCGUUUUAUAAGCGCAUGUUGAAUAAAAAAUUAGUAAUGAAGGAUAUAGAAUCUAUUGAUCCGGAAUUCUACAAAUCCCUCGUAUGGAUAAAAGAAAAUAAUAUCGAUGAAUGUGGCCUAGAAUUAUACUAUAGUGUGGAUUUUGAGAUUCUUGGUCAAGUGAUACAUCACGAGUUAAAGGAAGGUGGUGAUAAAGUUAGAGUAGGUGAAGACAAUAAGGAAGACUACAUUAGAUUGAUGACAGAGUGGAGGAUGACAAGGGGUAUAGAGGAACAAACUAAAGCAUUUUUAGAAGGUUUCAAUUCGGUUGUGCCACUUGAGUGGCUCAAAUAUUUCGAUGAACGUGAAUUGGAGCUCAUGCUUUGCGGUAUGCAAGAAAUAGAUGUUGAAGACUGGCAACGCAAUACUAUUUAUAGACAUUAUACUCGUAACAGCAAACAGAUUCUGUGGUUUUGGCAGUUUGUAACAAGAACAGAUAGCGAAAAAAGAGCUAGAUUAUUGCAGUUUGUAACUGGUACUUGCCGUGUACCUGUUGGUGGAUUUGCUGAACUAAUGGGUAGUAAUGGGCCACAAAGGUUUUGUAUAGAGAAAUUUGGCAAAGAUACUUGGCUACCAAGAUCACAUACCUGUUUUAACAGAUUAGAUUUACCACCUUACAAAAGUUACGACCAAUUAGUAGAAAAACUGAAUUACGCAAUCGAAGAAACGGAAGGUUUUGGCCAAGAAUAAUUGUAAACAUAUUAAUUAAUAAUUACUGUGGUAGGUACACUGCAAGUGUAUUAAUGACAAAAGCAAAAUUUAGUGU